AUGACAGUCGGGGAACUCUGUUCCAGUACCUUCGUCUCUCUCAUCCGACUCAAUCGCCGCUUUGGCCCGCUGAGGAAACCCAUAAGAAUUUCGAAUCCAUCAAUUUUUUCCUCCUCGUUUUCUUCAUUCCUAUCUUUGCAAUCUCCUCGUCGACACAUUCACGUUCACAAGGUCUUAGCCAUGGCCGAACGAGCCCUAAACCUACCCCAAUCUCACAAACACACCAAUCGUCUUGCCAGGGAGCACAGUCCCUACCUUCUUCAGCAUGCUCACAACCCGGUUGAUUGGUACUCAUGGGGAGAGGAAGCUUUCCAGGAAGCGCGAAGGAGAGACGUUCCCAUCUUCUUAUCGAUUGGAUACAGCACCUGUCACUGGUGUCAUGUCAUGGAGGUGGAGUCCUUCGAGGAUGAAGAGGUCGCCAAAUUGCUGAAUGAUUUGUUUGUUAGUAUCAAGGUGGAUCGUGAGGAACGACCAGACGUGGAUAAGGUGUACAUGACGUAUGUACAAGCACUGUAUGGUGGAGGUGGUUGGCCACUGAAUGUGUUCCUUUCGCCAGAUCUGAAUCCUUUAAUGGGAGGAACAUACUUCCCCCCAGAUGAUAAGUAUGGACGACCAGGCUUCAAAACUAUACUCAGGAAGGUCAAAGAUGCUUGGGAAACGAAAAGAGAGGUGCUUGUUAAGAGUGGAGCCUUUGCAAUAGAGCAAUUGUCAGAAGCACUAGCUGCGAGUGCCAAUUCCAAUAAGUUAUCAGAUGGUCUUCCCCAAAAGGCUUUACACCUGUGCACUGAACAACUUUCUGGAAGUUAUGAUCCGCAAUACGGUGGAUUUGGAUCUGCCCCGAAGUUUCCUAGACCUGUAGAGAUCCAGCUAAUGAUGUAUCAAUCAAAGAAGCUGGAGGAAGCCGGGAAAUCAAGUGAAGCAAAUAAUAAUUUGAAAAUGGUACUUUUUAGCUUGCAAUGCAUGGCAAGAGGUGGCGUCCAUGAUCACAUUGGAGGUGGUUUCCAUCGAUAUAGCGUUGAUGAAUGCUGGCAUGUUCCACACUUCGAGAAAAUGUUGUAUGAUCAGGGGCAGCUUGCUAAUGUUUAUUUGGAUUCUUUUUCCAUUACGGGAGAUACCUUCUAUUCAUUUGUGGCUCGGGAUAUCCUCGACUAUUUGAGGAGAGAUAUGAUUGGAGAAGGUGGUGAAAUUUAUUCAGCAGAAGAUGCAGAUAGUGCUGAAUUUGAGGGAGCUUCAAGGAAAAAGGAAGGAGCAUUCUACGUUUGGACAAGUCAAGAGGUUGAAGAUAUAGUUGGAGAACAUGCAGAUAUUUUCAAAGAUCAUUAUUACAUAAAACCUUCGGGGAACUGUGACCUUUCACGAAUGAGUGAUCCCCACAAUGAAUUCAAAGGGAAAAAUGUACUCAUAGAGAGAAAUGAUACUUCUACAAUGGCAUCAAAGCUGGGAAUUUCCAAGGAUGACUAUUUGGAUAUUUUAGGAGCUUGCCGAAAAAAGCUUUUUGAUGCAAGAUCAGAACGGCCACGGCCACAUUUAGAUGAUAAGGUAAUUGUUUCAUGGAACGGGCUUGCUAUUUCAGCCUUUGCGAGAGCUUCUCAGAUUCUCAAGGGAGAAGCCGAAGGGACCAAAUAUUGCUUUCCUGUUGUUGGGUGCACUCCUAGCGAAUACCUGGAAGUUGGAGAAAAGGCAGCAUCUUUUAUCAAGAGGCAGCUUUACGAUGAGAGGGCAAACAGACUGAAGCAUAGCUUUCGGAAUGGUCCAUCUAAAGCACCUGGCUUUUUAGAUGAUUAUGCCUUUCUAAUCUCUGGUUUACUGGAUCUUUAUGAGUGUGGUGGUGGUACCAGCUGGCUGUCAUGGGCAAUCGAACUGCAAAAUACCCAGGAUGAGUUGUUUAUGGAUAGAGAAGGGGGAGGGUAUUUUAAUACUCCUGGUGAAGAUCCUUCUGUUCUGCUCCGUGUUAAGGAAGAUCAUGAUGGGGCAGAGCCUUCUGGAAAUUCAGUAUCAGUGAUCAAUCUUGUUAGAUUAGCAUCCAUGGUUACGGGAAGCAGGUCCGACUAUUACAAGCACAAUGCAGAACAUCUUCUGGUAGUUUUUGAAUCACGUUUGAAAGAUAUGGCUAUGGCCAUCCCCUUGAUGUGCUGUGCAGCAGAUAUGCUCUCUGUUCCUUCCAGGAAGCAGGUUGUCUUGGUUGGCCAUAAACCAAGUGUGGACUUUGAUGGAAUGAUUGCUGCUGCUCAUGCAUCCUAUGAUCCUAAUAAAACUGUUAUUCAUGUAGAUCCCAGCAACAAGGAAGACAUGGAGUUCUGGGAAAGCAACAAUGAAAACAUAGCCAUGAUGGCAAAGAAUAACGCUGCAACAGACAAGGUGGUGGCUCUUGUUUGCCAGAACUUCAUGUGCAGUUCUCCUGUUACUGACCCUGAGUCUCUUAAGGCCUUGCUCCAACAGAAACCCUCUCUUCCUGUUUAGCUAUGAGUGAGUACGAACUUCCUUUAUACCUCACCCUCGUCAUGUAUUUCAACCUACAACUGCUGGAAGACAGGGUGGCCAAUGUUUGACAUGUAUAUGCCGUUUGUGUGGAGGAUCUGUUUCCCUU